CAGACAAUGGAAGAGGGUUAACUGUUCCAGGCUGGAAAGACUGAGAAUUUCAAGUUCAGGGGUAGAACAAGAAGAGUGUUUCUAAACUUGUUAUAAUGGCAGAAGAGACUGUAGAGUGAAGAACUUACUGCAUUGGGUUUAGAUUGCACCAAGGAAUAAGCCUGGGUAGAGGACACCUGCGUUGGAUCUGAGCAGCACUACUUCAUUCACAUCUUGUUCCCUGCAGCAACCUUGUAACAGGUUCGCGAGCGGCGCCCAGCCUUAUAUGAACUGAUCGCUCGGGCAAUGGCCCAUUUUUCCCUCGCCACCAGCCGCCACCGCGCGCUGAGCGGCCGCCGGAGCCCGCGCUGACGCCUCCUUGGCACCCCGACUGGAGUUACCAACCGCGGCCGGCGGCGCGGGGCGCGCAACCCCGGCGUCCGUCCCGGCGCGCCCGCAGACGACACGCAAGCUCUGGGUCGGCCUUGAUUUUUAUUCCUCCCCCCUUCUCUUUCCCCGCUGUUUCUCUAAAAAAAUAAUAAUUAUUAUUAUCCCAAUCAUUAAAACCUACCCCCUCCCCUCUCCCACCCCUCCUCCUCCUCCCCGGCCGCCCCCUCCCCCCUCCCAGAAGGGAACCGAUCGAGAGGGAAUAGCUCAACUUCCACGAAAUCCAUCCCUCGCGGGGUCCCGAACCAUGUCGCUGACCAACACAAAGACGGGGUUUUCGGUCAAGGACAUCUUAGACCUGCCGGACACCAACGACGAGGAGGGCUCGGUGGCCGAAGGGCCCGAGGAGGAGAGCGAGGCGCCCGAGCCCGCCAAGAGGCCCGGGCCGCUAGGACCCGGCGCCCUGGAGGCGGUGCAAAGCCUGCCCCUCAAAAACCCCUUCUACGACAGCAGCGACAACCCCUACACGCGCUGGCUGGCCAGCACCGAGGGCCUGCAGUACUCCCUGCACGGGCUGGCGACUGGCGCGCCCCCGCAAGACUCCAGCUCCAAGUCCCCGGAACCCUCGGCCGACGAGUCCCCGGACAAUGACAAGGAGACCCCGGGCGGCGGGGGGGACGCAGGGAAGAAGCGGAAGCGGCGCGUGCUCUUCUCCAAAGCGCAGACCUACGAGCUGGAGCGGCGCUUCCGGCAGCAGCGGUACCUGUCGGCGCCAGAGCGAGAGCACCUGGCCAGCCUCAUCCGCCUGACGCCCACGCAGGUCAAGAUCUGGUUCCAGAACCACCGCUACAAGAUGAAGCGCGCGAGGGCCGAGAAAGGUAUGGAGGUGACACCCCUGCCCUCACCACGCCGGGUGGCCGUGCCCGUCCUGGUCAGAGACGGCAAACCGUGCCACGCGCUCAAAGCCCAGGACUUGGCAGCCGCCACCUUCCAGGCCGGCAUCCCCUUCUCCGCCUACAGCGCCCAGUCACUGCAGCACAUGCAGUACAACGCCCAGUACAGCUCGGCCGGGACCCCUCAGUACCCCACAGCGCACCCCCUGGUCCAGGCCCAGCAGUGGACUUGGUGAUGAGACUCGUGGCCCAGGCCCAGGGCCCCACCCAGGGGGCGAGAAGGAGGAGGAGGACUCGGUGUCGCUGGCCGUGGCUAUUAUUAUUAUUAUUAAUUAUUAUUAUUAUUAUGACCAUGGGGUCGAUUUGAGG